AUGGAAGUUGAGGCAGAGAUUGAUCGCUUGCCCAUUGACUUGUUGGCUAAUAUUUUCGUUCUCUUCACUUCCUUCACUGAUUUGGCCCAGGCGAGCGGGGUUUGCAGGAAAUGGAAACAGGGGGUGAAUGAGUCUCUGGCAUGGAGACAGAAUCUCAGUUUUGCAGGUUGGAAAAUGGACGAUGACUCCACUGCUCGCCUUGUUUGUCAUGCCCACAAUCUCACAAAACUACAUAUACCAAGAAGCCGUUGGGGUUGCCAAAUAACUGAUGCUGGACUUGUCAGGAUAUCUUUUGCUAAGUGUGUCAGAAAUCUCACAUCCAUAUCAUUGUGGGGUUUAACUGGCAUCACAGAUGAAGGUGUUGUUCAACUGAUAACCAGAACUAGAUCUUUACAACAUCUGAAUGUUGGUGGUACAUUUAUCACGGAUGAAUCUCUGUUUGCCAUUGCAAGAAGUUGUCCAAAGUUGGAGACCAUAGUUCUUUGGAGCUGUCGUCAUGUAACUGAGAACGGGCUUUUUGCCUUGGUUGACAAAUGCUUGGACCUAAAAUCAAUGAAUGUAUGGGGAACAAGAGUUCCUGAGGAGUGCCUCAACAAUUUACAUAUUUUAAGUCCAGCCCUUCAGAUCAAAGUUUGA